AUGUCGGAAGACAGUAUCAAACCCCAGAGCAUGUCCAGUGGACCACGAAAUGUAUUGCGUCCAAACGAUUCCGCUAGUUUAUGGAAUUGCUCGCUCUCUCCAGGGUGGUCGCGAGAAGAAAGUGAAAUUUUACGUAAAGCAUUGAUUAAAUUUGGCAUUGGCAACUGGGCCAAAAUUAUCGAGUCACAGUGUCUGCCCGGUAAAACAAACGCGCAAAUGAAUUUGCAACUUCAACGAAUGUUGGGUCAACAGAGCACUGCUGAAUUUAAUGGACUUCAUAUUGAUCCGUUGGUCAUUGGAGAGAAGAAUUCUAAAAUACAAGGACCUACUGUCAAGCGAAAAAAUAAUUGUAUCGUGAAUACCGGAGGAAAACCUUCUCGAGAAGAAAUAAAGCGUCGAAUACAGAAGAAUAAAGAAUUAUAUGAACUUCCUGAAGAAAAAUGGAGUGAAUUUGAGUUGCCAAAACCAGAAGACCCUUUCUUGGUCCUUGAAGCUAAACGAAGUGAAUUGCGUCAUUUACAACACGAAUUGUCAAGCGUUGAAGAACAGAUUUCCGCAUUGCGUAAACAAAGGCAGUUGCAUUUGCAGCGGUUCCCUGGCGAAACUGAUUCUAGCGAAAACGAACCCGAGUGGGCGGUGGAAUACUAA